AUGCCGAUGUUUUCGUUUCGUUUUGUUGUUUUGCCCCUGAUUUUUUUCGACUUUCGCCGCUAUUUUGCAAUGACGUUCAUGUUGCUUUGGGAGGUGAUGCACGUUGUCGGGCAAAGGAGCAGAGUGGCCAGCAAGCGGAGAAGCGCAUUUCGCCGAAUGGACUGCGGGAUAAUUUUUUGGCUCACUUUUUUCGAAAAUCGGCCGAAUGAAAACCCGCGCGUGCAGUUUGCCAACAACACGCUCAUCGAAGCAACCAAUAACAACAAUUGUUCAAAAAACAAAACAUACAAAAACAAAUUCAAAAAAUACAAAACCACACAGAAUCGAAUUCGAAAAGUGCCUUUUUCUUCUUUUUUUUUUUUUUCUUUUCUUUCUGUGCUUGUUCCCGCUCUGACUCGCCUUGUUUUUGUGUGUUUUUGUGUGUUUUUUUGUGGUUUCGGUUUGUGUCUUAUGCUGUUUCCUGUGGUCGAUUUUUCCCUUUCUGGUCCCACCCACCCCCUCUUCCUGAUUUUUCGCACUUGGCUCCUUCUCGUGUUCGCUCUCCAUAUCCCCGGCCUUUUGUUUAUUGUGUUCUUUGGAUAA